CAAACACCGCAAAGCCCAUUCAUUCAUCCAUUGUGCCAUUGAAGAGUGUUACUGCUAUUCUCUUGUUCAACCAUGCUUCCCUCAAUGCGUCUCACAUCCCGUCUGGGUCUGCGCCUGGUGCGCUGGAACUCCACUGCUGGUCCGACUCUGCCGCCUUUGAUGACCGCAUUGAGAACCGAUCUCAAGACUGCCAUGCGAGCUAAGGAUACGCCUAGGUUGAAUGUCCUUCGCGCUCUCAUCUCCGAAACCAACAACGCCGCCAAAACCAACUCGCCCAUCCAGACUGACCUCCAACUCUUGUCUCUGAUCCGCAAGCGCAUUUCUGCUUCGAAGGAUGCUGCUAAAGAAUUCGAGUCUGAGAAGCGGCCUGACUUGAAGGAAACUGAGGAUCGUCACAUUGCGAUAUUGGAAGAAUAUGGCGCCCAGGUGAAGACCAUGAGCGUGGACGAUAUCAAGACGAUCGUUGCUGCGGAACUUGCCAAGUUGAAGGAGACGGGCAAGAAGGUCGAGGUUGGAUUCCUACUCAAGUCUCUCUUUUCCCCUGGAGGAGCCCUGGAUGGCAAGCCCGCCGAGAGAUCCGAAGUUGCAAGAAUUGCCAAAGAAGCGGUUUCUUCCGCGUAAGGGCUGACGAGAAAAUGUAUAAUAACUACCUGUAUAAUACGCAUACCUAGACCAAUUGCCUGGUUCCCCCCUCAAUGAAAUGCAUACGACGG